AUGACGUCGUCGUGGUGCUCACACUUGGACAUCAGCUUACAUUUGGAGCAUCAGCUACUCCAGGCAUAUGAAGGUCUACGAUUUCUACCAUCUAUGUCCACCGUACAUAUUUUUGGUUACGUAAGUGAACUACUCCCUCUGUUCCAUAAUGUCAAGGAGAACAACUACACAAGGAUCUGCGAGCAGAAAAGCAUGCUCACCGUGAACGGCCAGUUCCCCGGCCCGACCAUCACCGCGCAAAAGGGGGAGGUCUUCAUUGUCAACGUCUACAACCAGGGCAAUAAACCCAUCACCAUCCACUGGCAUGGAGUGGACCAGCCACGAAACCCCUGGCACGACGGCCCAGAGUUCAUAACGCAGUGUCCCAUCAACCCUGGUGCCAACUUCACCUACACCGUUGUCCUAUCGGAGGAGGAGGGCACACUCUGGUGGCAUGCGCACACUGAGUUUGAUCGUGCUAGUGUCCAUGGCGCCAUUAUCAUCCACCCCAAGCACGGCACUGACUAUCCCUUCAAGAAGCCGCACAAGGACAUACCCAUCAUCCUCGGUGAGUGGUGGAAGGCCAACGUGAGUCAUAUUUUGGAGGAGGCCCUACGUACCGGCAGUGGCAUUAAUAUCUCGGAUGCGACAACUAUUAACGGCCAACCUGGAGACCUAUUCCCGUGCUCCGAGGAGAACACUUUCAAAGUGUCCGUGAAGAGCGGCAAGACGUACCUGCUACGAAUCAUCAACGCCGGACUCACCAACGAUCUUUUCUUCGGCGUCGCCGAGCACCUUCUCACUAUUGUCGGCACCGAGGGACGCUACUUAAAGCCAUUCACUGUCGAGAACAUCAUGAUUUCGCCUGGACAGACAAUGGAUGCACUCCUCCAGGCUGACCGUUCAUCCAAUAGCAGCUACUACAUGGCGUCGAGGACAUUCGCAUCAAGAACCAACUUGGUGUACAACAACAGCACUGCCACGGCCAUCCUUGAAUACAUGGACGCGCCGCCCAUUGCACGAUCGGAACCAUACUUCCCCAACCUUCCAGCAAGCGACAACAUAACUGCGGCAACAGAGUACACAUCCCAGCUUCGGUCCCUAGCCAGCAAGGACCACCCGGUGGAUGUGCCGACACAUGUCGACGAGCACAUGCUCAUCACCUUAGCCACAAACAUUCUCCCAUGUCAAUCAUGUGAAAAUGGCAACCGCCUCGCGGCAAGCCUCAACAAUGUCAGUUUUGACAACCCCCAAACCGAUAUCCUCGACGCGUACUAUUACUCCAUCACAGGUGUCUUCGAGAAAGACUUCCCCAAAAAACCACCAUUCUUCUUCAACUUCACCAACGACAGCUAUUCCAAGGAGUUCAGGCUCACAAAGGCCGGUACCAAGGUGAAAGUACUAAAUUAUAGUUCCGUCGUGGAGGUGGUGUUCCAGGACACGGCCAUGAGCAACGAGACCCACCCCAUGCACCUGCACGGCUUCGCCUUUUAUGUUGUAGGGAUGGGCGUUGGGAACUUUGACAAGACCAAGGACCCAUCCAAGUACAACUUGGUCGACCCACCAUACCAGAAUACGGUCACGGUGCCUAAGCUUGGGUGGACCGCGAUGCGCUUCCGUGCUACAAACCCUGGUGUGUGGUUCAUGCAUUGCCACUUCGACCGCCAUACAGUGUGGGGGAUGAGCACUAUGUUCAUCGUGAAGGAAGGCAACACUCCUGAAUCUAGAAUGAGGCCUCGUCCUAGUAACAUGCCUAAGUGCCACAUGAGCGGUGAUGACAUUGGGCAGUACAACCAAGAAAAUAUUACAUUUAUCGAAUGA